UUAGUGAUAUUUUUAAGUCAUAUACUUUUCUUCUUUUUCAGGCUUCAAACUGGAAUGAGAGGAGCUUUUGGUAAGCCUCAAGGUACAGUUGCUCGUGUACAUAUUGGUCAACCAAUCAUGAGUGUUCGCUCAUCUGAUAGGUACAAGGCAGCUGUUAUUGAAGCAUUACGUCGUGCUAAAUUCAAGUUCCCGGGUCGCCAAAAGAUUUAUGUAAGCAAAAAAUGGGGAUUUACAAAAUAUGACCGUGAUGAAUAUGAAACACUGAAGGAAGAUGGAAAACUAGCUCCCGAUGGUGCCAAUGUUAAAUUCCGCCCUGACCAUGGACCAUUGGAUAACUGGAGAAAAGUUCAGAGGGAACUUCUUGCUGUUUAAAUAUGRUUUUGGUAUAUCUUGUAUCAAAAUUGAAUAAAAGAAAUACUGUGAAAU